CAACAAUUCAGUUACGUUUCUGCUGUGUUUUGUAGCACAUUAAUAUAUUUUCUUUAGUCGUUUUUAUAUUUUUUGGAGGUUAAAAAAUCUUCAAGAGUUUUGGAAUAACUUAAAGAAUUUUUUGGAUUAAUUAUAAAAAUAUAACUUUUUGUGUUGCCCCUAUAUCAACAACAACGUAACUACUACAACAACAAUAUGGCUGAUGUUAACAAACCAAAAUUACAAUUACGUUCCGGUUUAUCUCUCAAUGGCGACAAGACACCCUCACCGGCCACUAAACUUUUGAUCAAUCAUGGUAAACCUAAUUUUACCAUACAAAAAUCACCCAAGGCUCUAAACGGUAAUGCCAAUCCCAUGUCACCCCCACCAACUGAGCCAGCUGUGUUGAAAUCAAAUCAAAAUAACAACAAUGAGUUUGCGGUUAAAAGCACUACUUUUAAUGGAGUCUUUAAGCCUUCGAAUAUUAGUGCAGCCACUAAACAAACUUUGCCCCAAAAUGGUAAUAGUGCAGUCAGUAAUGGCAAUGAUAAUGAAGCCGCUAAAGUCGUGUUGAGAAGGACUAAGGUGGUGCCAGCCGAAGUAAGAGAAAAUGAGGAGGAUAGCAAUGUUCCUGAAUUCAUUUUAAGACAAAGACGCAUACAAGAACGUUUGGCCAAUCAAAAUAUUUUAGAUUUUGAAAAUAGACGCAGUGGUUAUUUCACUCAAGUUAUGAUUUCACCUUCAAGUCCUAAUCGCCAAUCUUUUGUGGAGACAAUGUCUAGUCCUGCUGUUAAGCCAGGCUUGGAAAUGCCACCACCAGCAUCAUCACCCAGUCAACAUGAAGAUAUUAAGGAAGAAACCUUACAAGAACAACAGGAACAAGAAGAAUCACAGCAGCAAGAAACACAACAUGAAAAGAGUGAAGAAACUGUUGAACAUACUGAGCCGGUUACUUUAAAUGGCCAAGUUGAGAAGGAAGAAGUUGCCAAGGCCAUUGAGGAGGUUAACAAGGCAGUAGCGGGAGAAGAUGAUACUAAAGAUGAGGAAGAACAACUGGAAAAUCAUGUAGAAGAAGUUGAAGCUGUAGAGACACAACAAAAGGAGGAAGAAACUAAAACACAACAAGAAAAACUAGAACCACAUGCCGAUCAAGCUCCUGUUGUAGCAGUUGAAACCUCAGCAGUUGUAGAGGAAAAACCUUUAGCUAAAGAAGAAACAGAAACCCAUGAAGUGGCAGCUGCAGUUGUAACAUCAGUUUUAGAAACUGCCCAAGAGCAAGUAAAUGGUCAUGUAGAAGCUGUUGCCACCUCAGCCCCUGUAGUUGAGGAACAAGCUGUAGUACAAUCCCAAACCAAUGGUCAUGAUGAUCAACCAAUAGAACAAGCUCUACAAAAUGGACAUGCCACAAAUGGUCAAGCUUUAGAAAAUGAAAUCACUAUUUCACACACCAAUGGCUUAAAUGGACCCAGUCUACCUUCACCCGAUCCCAAGGGAGAAAAAGGUGUUAAUUUUGAACCCAAAACUGUAGUAUCAUUCUCGCAAGAAUUAGGCAAUGAUGUCAACAAAUAUCCCGAUACCGUGAAAGUUGUAAAAGAAACCGAAGCCUCAGAAGUCGAUAAUGAAUUGAAAGAAUUGACCAAAUUGAAAUUUGAAAUUAAAGGUGAUGAUAAGGACAUUGAAGUAAAGCCGGUGUUAAUAACUGAAACAGCUUAGAUGCGAGUAAAAAUGUUUAAUAAAAAAAGAAAUAUGCUAUUUAUUAUUAUAUAAGUUACAUAAAGUGUGGCAUUAUUGUGUAGAGUUUAGUUUAAGUAUUGAUAUUGAUAAUGAUCAGUACUUUUAUUGUCAGGGGUCAAAUAAUGAAAGAAAUAUUUAAAAAUAUAAUUAAAUUGUUUUAAAAGUGACCCUUUAUAGUCUUUUGUUUUAUUAUACAUAUUAUACAACUAUAUAUAUUUUUUUGUUUAGUUCUUAAGUUUAAACUGU